AUGGACCGCUCGCGCCGAAUGCCUCAACGUCGUCGCCCUUUAGGAGCUUCAGCUUCUCCUACCUCUACUUCAGAGGCUUCUUUUGACUUGAAUCCACUCACAAGCCCUGUUGUUGCUCAGACUAAUACCACGCCUGGUGGUCGCCGCUCAACCAAACCCCUUCAGCACGCCUUCACUUUCUCACCUCCAGGUAGUAGUCGUAACUCAAAUUCCAAGAGGCGAUCUACAACUAUGGAAAACUUUCCAAUUCCAGACGAGGGUGAGCAUGGUCCCAAAAAGGGCGGCCACAGUCUCCGUAAGCGUGCUCGUGUAGAUUACACCUUUGAGCACAUUGACGACGAUGUCGUCGUUCCCAACUCAACAUCUUCAGCACGCGGCAAGAAACGCAGGUCAGAGAUAAAUUUUGACACGGAUGACUUUUACACAAAUGACUCAAAGAGAAGAGGCGCCUCCAUGGGUGCUGACACUCCAUCAAGCCGUCGGAGGAAUGCGACACGCAAACCCAGUGACCUCAAAGUAUUUCAUCAGGCUGCUUUGCAGGAUGACGAUAACGAGGUCCAAGACACCAUCGAAGUCGGUGCAUACUACUCAGAUGUUGACGACUCAGAGCUUAGAGAAGGUGCUGCUUCGAACAACUCAUCCCCCCAGUCAAAGAUGUCACCAAAAAAUUCACCAAAGAAAUCACCUCAAAUCGAGUCGGCCAAAAAUGAGUUGCCAGCGCCGCAAUUCACUAGCAGUCAUCAAACUGAACCUUCAACAGAAAACACUGCCCCCGUUCCUGAACUGGGUCAAAUCCUUUCAGAAAAAGUGUAUCCUGUUGUGGAACAUAUAAGUGACUCUAUUGAGGAACCUGUAUCUCAGCCUGCAAAGACGCAAGCCGAAAACUUUCCUAACGUGGAACCCGAGCCGGAAAAAUUUAAUGAUAACCAGCAACAGCCUUCAGCUGUAGCGAAUACUAAUGAUGUAACGGCAGAGUUGCAAGUAACAAUGCCAAGUACAGAAUCUAAGCCAGCUUCCACGGCAGCAGUGCCAGCUAUCAGUGUCAAAACAGAGCAGGUAGACCACGAGCCAGUCUCCUUACCCGUGCCAGUGCCAGUGCCAGUGCCAGUGCCAGUGCCAGCGCCAGCGCCAGUGCCGGCACCGACAAUAGCACCGCCGCCGAUUAUAGCUGAGGAGAAUAAUCAGAGUGAAUCUAUUCAUUCACGUAUUGUUCAUGCACCCAAACCUGAGCCUGUAAACGACAUUAUGGAGCUCCCCGCUGCUGAACCUGUUCCGCAAAAUAAUCCCGAACCCAAUUUCUUCACCACCAACACCAAUAUCGAGGAAGAACCGUCUCAUCAGCUAACUGUUGAACAAAUACCCGAAUCACCAGACCGGCUGCCAAGCCAGCACCAAGACGACAGAAUGGACCAGAUGGAUAUAGAUCCAGUUCAAGAAGAGCCACCCGCUCAAGAUGUCGAAAUGACUGAUGCCGCUACCAACGAGACUCAAGCUGUUGAGAAAAAUGUAUCAACGCCUCCACCGGAGCCUGCACCUGUGCCUACAUCUGCACUUGCACCUUUAUCUGUCGACUUACCAUCGCCAUUGCCAUCAAAAAGUACCCAUUCAUCGCCAAAGUCCCCUGCCAAAUUGCGGUCACCGUCACCAGCUCGGGAACCUGAUCAACCGCCUCAAGAUAAUAUGGCUCCGCCACAAGAGGAUACAGCUUCACCUCAAGAAGUCGGCGUUGGUGACAUAUCCAUGUCCGUAGAGUUGGACAACGACUUAAUUGAGGCUGAGAAGGUGAAUAACGAAAGUGUCGUGAACAACGAGAACACCGGGGGUAAUGAGGACAAUGAGGACAAUGAGGACAAUGAGGACAAUGAAGACAAUAAGUCUACCGAGGCACCAAUCCUUACCGACGAGCCCCAGAUCCCCGAUUUAACUCAGACUCCUGUCACUCAAGAGGAACCUGGCACUCUCUCGAGCCCUAUCGAACUGAAAGCUCCGACUCCCCCUCCUGCUGAAACUAUUGAAACCCCAGCGUCUUCUGCGCCUUCGGAACCAAAAUCAAGUCCUCAAAAAUCUGUCGCUUCUCGAGUUCCUUUAGAGCUGAUGCCACAGCCUACCCCGGUCGGCCGCUGGUCUCAUCUCAAGCCUUAUGUCGAUGGCGAGUUCUUGCUGUACCCAGAAAAGAAGGGCGGGGAUGAGGACGGCGCAAAUGACGAUGCGACCCCGGAAGGAAAGGACACUGAUCGAGAAGGUGCUGACAUGGAACCUAUGGUCGACGAUCAAGAUGACGCAGGACUUGAAGCACCCACACCCGCGCUCAACACACCUACUCGUGGCUCCCCUAUACCAGACUCCUUAGACCCGACAGCCCUCAAUUCGCCUGCUCCUGCUGGUGAUGAUGCUGAUGAUGCUGACGCCUCCGAAUCUCAAGAUCCUCUAGAGCGCACUCGAUACUAUAAAUAUCGCAAGCUAAGGGAUCCCGAAGAGUAUAUCUCGGCCAUCGAGAAUUACGAGGAUAUGCCCACCGAAGAUCUUUAUGAGCUUCUUGAAGCUAUUAAUGUCUCUUUGGUCCAAUGGCAAGACGAGUGGAGUGAUCUGGGAGCAAUCGUCGACGACUACGAAAACUCUCUUCGUCGACGAGCAGCUGAUUCGAAGUACGAAGCCCGCACUCGUAACCUUCACCAACACGGUGUCAACUAUGAGGAGCCUGAAUUCGCCGUCAAGGGCUACAAGUCUCGUGACAAGGAAGGUCUGACUGAGACUCGGUAUCUUCAAAGUCAGGAUCGCAUCAUGGCCGCUACUUACGGCUUUGAGUAUGAUCCUCAUCCUUCAAAAAUUGGCAAACAAAAUCCCGAGACACAACAGGUUGGGGUCAUGACACGCGGCCGAUCUUUGCGGAAUCAGCCUAGGCAGACUGCCAAGGCCACAGAGACCGACGAGGUCGUCGGCAAACGCCAGCGCAAGCCUGUUCAACUCUUCGAUCCUGCGACACAAGAUGUCAGCAGGAGCUCGACACCCGUACCCACUCGCGGCGGUGGUCGACGACGCAAGAAUGCCAACGCUGAGGACGAGCCACAGACCAACCUUGCAGUCAGCUUCAACAGCGAGGUUCCCUCGGACGGUGAGGGCCCAAAGACCAGGCGCAAGCGUGGCACUCGCGGCAAGAAUGCUAUACUAGUAGAAGACGCCGCGCCUACUCCAGAUGCCGAUGAAGUAGCCCAAGACGAGCCUGCAAAGCCCACUCGCCGUGGCCGUGCCAGACCUGCUGUCAAGUAUGAGGAGGCCGAUCCCAACGAAUUCGUCGACGACGAGCCACAGGAAGAGGAAGAGGAAGAUGAGCCAGAGGAAGAGGAAGUUGAGGAAGCGGAGAAAGAGAAUGAGGAGAAGCCACCAGUCCGUCGGCAUAUUGUUACUCUCAAACUCCCCAGUGGCUACUUUGCUGAGUUCACGCCUGAGAUGGAAAUUGUCGACAAUGGUGAUUCCCGUCCAACUACCGCCUGCUCUGAGGAAUCUUCUCAAACUGCCGAGUCGUCUUACUCCUUCCGGCCUAAACGGCAGAGGAAUUUCCGCGACAACCCUGAUGGAGGUGAAGACUCAAGCCAAGCGCCGCCCAAGAAGAGAAUCAAACGAACAAGCGGCGGUACCGCUGUCACCGAGACUCCAUCUGCUGCAUCCACACCUGCCCCAUCUACUGAGCCGGCACAAGUCCUCAGCAACCGCAAGAUUCAGAAGAUCAAGGUUGUCAGGUCUAGCCAGGACACCAAGAAUGGAGGAACACCUCAAGCACAGCAAGCACCACCACCGCCCCCUCCCCCCCAGCCUGCUACUCCUACCCCUAUUCCGGUUGAUGACAAUGAUGAUACUCCAAAAGACUACAAGUCCAUGACUAAAUCCGAAAAGAUGUCGGCCUCUAUGAAGAAUCGUUGGGCCAACGGAAACAUGGCUGGAGCCGUUGAAAAACGCAAAGCGACCCUGGCGGCUAAGAAGGCUGCUCAAGCGGCAGCCGAGCAAAGAACAGGUGUCGUCGCUCCGAAGCCGAAAGGCAAGGCCCCUAUAAAGAGAGAGUCUACUCUCAAGAUGCAGAUGGCACCAGAACAGCCCCAGAUGCCACCACAGCAGCAGCAGCAGCCCCCGCCGCCCCCGCCCAUGAUGCAUCAGCAACCACCCAUGCACCCUCACCAUCAUCACCAUCACCAAUAUCCCGUGCACCAUCAACACCCCCAGCAUCACCAUCAGCACCCUCCUCACCCAGCUCAUCUACAGCAGAUGCACCAGCCUCCUCCUCAACAUCUUCCACCUCCCCCUCCUCCGCCGCAUCAGCCUGGAAACCCACCUCCUCCCUUUAUGCAUGGGCAUGGCCAACAUCCUAACCAUGGACAUGGCCACGGCAUGCCGGGUAUGGGAUAUCCCUAUUAA